GAUAAACGCCAGCAGCUGUACAAAGGUGUUCCGUGCAUGUGUCCAGUUUAACACAUGAUGUUCAGAGGUGUGAAGGGGUGUGCUCGCAGUGAUAAAAUCUCAUCGGAACCAGUACACAGGUAUCUCUACCGGUUGAGUCUCGGAAUAGCGCUGCUUCUGCCUGAUCUAACAGACUGACGGUCUGUCCCACGUCAUACCUAACAGAACCCAUAUCAGCGCAGACAAGAAUCAUUUGUGAAGCGUAGUCUCACCACAAGAGUUAUCGGCCCUGACACCACAAUAUGGCUGUAAUAUCUAAAUGGAUCCUGCUGUGUUGUCUUCUCGUGCGAUCUCGAGUGACCACGGAGAAGGCGGAAGAUAUUGACACUGUUCACGUGAUCUUCAUGAAUCAUCUUGACAUUGGUUAUAACGGCAUAUCCCCUCAGACUGGUUUCAUCAACAACAUCCUCAACAAAUACUUCAAGGAGUACUUCCCACGGGCCGCCGCCCUGGCGGACACCCUGAGGAAGAAGAAGUACGAGAGAGGCUUUAUCUACACCACUCACCCCUGGGUGACCAGCCUGUACGUGGACUGUCCCCCGAACCUUGUUCUGAACGGAAUCAAACUGCAGUGUCCUACAUCGGACGAGCUGGCGACGUUUGAGCGCGCGGUGCGCCUGGGAGAUAUCACGUGGCAUGCUGGACCAAUGAACAUGCAGCCUGAAAACAUGAACGAGAUGUUGUUCGAGAUGAGUUUGAACAUCAGCCUUGACCUUGACAGCAGGUUUGGCAUUGACCGACGAUUCCGAACACUCAGUCAGAGGGACGUCCCGGGCAUGAGUCAGGCUGUCAUCCCAACCCUGGUGAAGAAGCAGGUGCUCGCCGUCUCCGUGGGGGUCAACCCGGACACUGCCCCGCCCGCCGUGCCCCAGGGGGUGUUCCUCUGGGAGUUUGGGCAGUUUUCCGCUAUAGCCAUGUGGCACCCAGGUGGCUACCCGCUGAAUCCAGGCCCGUCACCGAGGCAACCAGGCGGUCUGUCACGUGAUGACUGCAUCACCACAAACAGUUUGAAUCAUGCGCUGUGCUUCGCCUUUCGGACGGAUAACAGCGGCCCUCCAGUAAAUAUAACGGAAAUUAUAGAAAACUACGGCAUCCUGGAAGCUGAAUUUCCUGAGGCCACCAUUAAGGCCUCGACCUUUGAGAACUUUGUGGAGGCCAUUUUGCCGAACGUGAAUAAGCUACCAGUCUACAGUCAGGAGAUCGGUGACACAUGGAUUAUGGGCGUGGCCUCCGAUCCUAGGAAAAUGGCGGAAUACCGAACAAUUAGCGACACUCUUAUGUCUUGUGUCGUAGCCGGUGACUGUGACAGCCGGGACGCCAGGAUUUCCGGGGCCGUCCGGUUCCUCAUUAAACCCCCGGAACACACAUGGGGACUACCAGGAGUUAACGAUAAUGUCAACUGGACCAACACAGACUUCCAGAAAGCAAAAUCAGGUGCUAAUUUCAAGAACAGUUCUGCGGCGUGGGCUGAACAGCGUCGCUUCAACCAGUUAGCCGUGGAGACGUUGGGAAACCACUCAGUUGUGGAAGAAAUAAAGACAAAUUUGGCAGAUUUGGCACCGCAAGAGCCUAAACCGGACAAAGACGAAUACGUGGAAAUUCCGUACACACCAGACAACAUGUUUUCCUGUCCGACAAGAGGAAUAAAACUUUCCUUCGGGCCCGGGGGUCAAAUCAAAUAUCUGUAUGACACAGUGAGCCAGAUCACGUGGGCUAAUGGAUCCAAUUCCCUGGCGGAAUUCCUCUACCGGACGUAUGACGAACAAGACUUUGCUGCUAUGGUAACGGAGUACAACUACCGGCCCGGGAACACAUUUGGAACUGGAAUUCAUAAAAUAGACGCUGACAAAUACGCUCAUCCCGAGUCCAAGUUCUGGGAGAGUCAAAUUACCAGAUUAUACCAAAGAACGGCAACCAUCAGCGACAUGUGUCACUUCCUGAUAAAGAUAGAGCUGGUGAAGGCAGAGGCACACACAUACUACGGCGCCCCGGACAGGAUCUGGCUAGAGUACGUGGUGAGGAGGUCUCCCGAUCCAGGCCUCUUAGAAGUGGACAUCACGCUUCAGUGGUUCAGCAAAACAGCUACCCGGCUUCCAGAGGCCAUGUUCUUCUCGUUCCGACCAGAGAGUCAACCAGGAAUGUCCUGGAAGAUGUCUAAAUUAGGUCAGCUGAUCGACCCCACGAUGGUCGGGUUGAACGGCAGCCAGCACUUCCACGGUAUUGACGACGCCAUUUACUACACUAGCGAGGACAUGGGAAUGGGGUUAAAGAUCACAUCUCGUGACGUCCCCCUGGUGUGUCCAUUCAAUGUCGACAGCCCUCCAACCCCGAUCCCAGUACCCUUAUCUCCCAUCAAGCAAGUGGACGGCAUGGCAUUUAACUUAUAUAACAACGUGUGGGAUACCAAUUACAUUCUAUGGUAUCCCUAUUUAGAUGAUGAUGAAAAUUUUAAAAGUCGUUUUUCGAUUUCACUCCUUAGAAAAAAUACGAAAAAUGUUAAUGAUGAAAAACUAACUUUUAUAUGAGUGUAUGUAUAUUACAAUUAAGGUCGUGGUUGAAUAUUGUAUUAAGGAUUGUAUACAUUGACUGGUAUCAAAGACUUCACACUGGUAUUGUUAAUUCAAUGUUUCAAUCAUGGAAAAUUUAGGUUUAUUUUCGAAAUGAUGGUCCUUCAUAUGAAAGCAUGGCUGACACGCCUGAAAUGUACAGUACGUACAUCACCAAAGAUAAAUAAAAACGCCGCACAUGGGUUUCAAACUCAAAAGUUACCUGAAGAAUACACGGGAAAUAUUUCGUGCCUGGAAGUUUUUUAUUUUAUUAUGAGCCUGCUCACGACUCGGAUUGAGUUUUGACUCCAGUCCUUUCAGAUUUGGAAUGUGGGAAACUCAGGAAAGAGCCUAUUCAAAUUUGGAAAUCGUGUGUGUCAAACGAUAAGGCUGUGUUUUUGACGCCAUUCAAACUUUUUAAUCGAAACUGUAACAGUUGAAAAAGGAAAUUGCAGUUCAACCUUCUACACAAAAUAUGAAAUCUGAACUGUACGUAGGAAGGUCUACCAGCUAACUACUGGUGGUUGUGGGUUACCCCGGCCUUUGCCAAUUUUUGUUCCACCAUAAUGCCGGGCGCCGUCGUAUAAGUGAAAUACUUUUGAGUGUAGUGUAAACACAAAUCAAAUAAAUACAUUUAUCUGAAGAGGUUUGACUUCUAUUGCGAUUACGUCUUAAAAGCUUGUGAUCAGUUGCCAUGGAAACCAGAAAUGUUUCCGCAACGCCACCAGUUUAAAUAGGA